UGCUUCCCUCCUGCCUUCCCUCGCCCCUCUCUGUUCCUCCACCUGCCUCUAGGUACCCCAUCUGUGCACCCCUCCAGCCCUCCUCUUCCCCCUCUCGUCCAUGUUCAACUGUCCCUCCUUCGGCCUGCCUCUUGGGCCCUCAUCUGUGCGUCUCUUCACCCCUCCCCUUUUCCCUCUGCUUUCCUGUCCCUCUCUGCACCUGCCUCUGGGCACCCCAUCCGUGCGCCCUUCCACCCACGCCCUUGGUACUGGGGCCCACCACCACCGCCACCCUUACCUGGGGACCCAGACUUGCCCUAGCCCACCCCCUCAACGCCCACUCCCGCCCGGCUUUUAACCCCUUCUCCGCCGCAGCCAUGUCCAACAACAUGGCCAAGAUCGCCGAGGCCCGCAAGACGGUGGAACAGCUGAAGCUGGAGGUGAACAUCGACCGCAUGAAGGUGUCGCAGGCGGCGGCCGAGCUCCUCUCGUUCUGCGAGACGCACGCCAAAGAUGACCCGCUGGUGACGCCGGUGCCCGCCGCAGAGAACCCCUUCCGUGACAAGCGCCUCUUCUGCGUCCUGCUCUGAGCCUUCCCGACAGCUUACCUUCCCCUGCCACAGUAUGAAACCAAUA